AAUUUUAUGUGAAUGAGACUCCAUAAAAGUUCAGAUCACUGUUAGAUACCUAACCAGCUACUUACUGGCAUGUCACUUACAACCGUCGCCGGGGGCUUCAUCUUCCUCCUCCUCUUAUUCUCCUCCGGAGCCGUGGACAUAGGCUUUUCCUUGGAAGAUGAGAAAGCCCAGAUUGAGCGCUUCCAGCAAUACCUCCGUAUUCAAACGGCCCACCCGAACCCCGACUACGCCGGGGCUAUCUCUUUCCUCUCCAGCCAGGCUCGCUCCAUUGGCCUCAAAAUUCUAACCUUAGAGUUCACGCCAGGAAAACCCCUCCUUCUUCUCUCCUGGGCCGGCACAGAUCCCUCCCUCCCUUCCAUCCUCCUCAAUUCCCACCUGGACUCCGUCCCUGCCGACUCCUCGCACUGGAUUCACCCACCCUUUUCCGCCUACCGCGACUCCGAUGGCCGUAUAUUUGCUCGCGGCGCCCAGGAUGACAAGUCCAUUGCAAUCCAGUACCUCGAGGCUCUCCGCAACCUCAAAGGUCGCAGGUUUUCCCCUCUGCGGUCCAUCCACGUUUCCCUCGUACCCGAUGAGGAGAUCGGCGGCGCGGAUGGGAACGAAAAGUUUGUUGCUUCCCAGGAGUUCAGGAUGCUUAACGUAGGUUUCGUGCUUGACGAGGGUCAGGCCUCGCCUACGGAUGAGUUCAGGGUCUUCUAUGCCGAUCGCUUGCCAUGGUCGCUGAUCGUCAACGCUGUCGGUGCGCCGGGUCAUGGAUCGAAGAUGUAUGAUGGCUCUGCAGCGGAAAAUCUUAUGGAGUGCGUCGAGGCUAUUGUUCGAUUCAGGGACAGCCAGUUCGAUCUAGUCAAGGCUGGUAUCCGUGCCGGGUCCGAGGUCAUCUCGGUGAAUCCUGUGUACCUGAAAGCGGGCACGCCAACUCCUAAUGGUUUUGUUAUGAAUGUGCAACCUUCAGAAGCUGAGGCGGGGUUUGACGUACGCCUUCCACCGACGGAGAGCAUUGACGUUUUAAGAAAAAGAAUAAAUGAGGAGUGGGCCCCAAUUUCAAGAAACAUGACCUACCAGGUGAGCUAUCAAGAUGAAAUCAUGACAAAUUUUAUUGUAGUUACUAUAGUUUGUAGGUAAUUUUUUUCUAGGCCCACAAAUAAUUUUAAAUGACAUGACACUAGCAAAUGAUUUUAUAAUAGGCCAAAAUAUAAAAUUUGGGUUUUGAUUGUAGUUCACUCUUGUUUCUUUUUAUUACACUUUCUAAACCUAAAGAAGAGUCAAUCUUUUCAAUUUCAGGAAUAGUGAUAUAUGAUACCUUUUCAAAAGAUUUUUUAGCUUUUGUCUUGUACCAACUCCUUAUCUUCCUAAUUACUAUAGGAUACUUGAGGCUGGUUUGAAGGAAUUGAAAUAGAGGAAGUUAUGAUACAAGAACGCUAUUGGGAGAUAUGAAUGUAUGGGCACAACAUGUUCAUAAAAU